AUGCAUCUUGCGCCCAGUCCCCGAUUUCAGCUGUUCGACGAGGGUCGCCCAUUGCUCGAGCCGCCUUACCUAAACCACCCCCCCAAAAGCACCGCUGCCGCUGCCGCUGCUGCUGCUGCCUCUCCUCCUGUCAAGCUCCCGCUCGCCCUUCCAACCCGUGCCAACCCCACCUUGGCAUCGACCCGCCUGUUCUUCUUUCUUGUGUCUGCGUCCUGCGUCUGCGUCUGUCUUGUGUGCGAAAUAGGGUACAGUCCGAUAUCAUAUCGCGACAGCUGCUCACUCACCCGAGGGGCCUAUGCCUGCUGGUCAUCUGCUGUCGGCCCAGGCUUGGGGGAUCCAAACACAACUUCCUCCCACGGCUCCGAGCCCGCGAUUCCACCUCCGCCGCCUCGACGCUCCCCUGACAUUCAAGCACCCAUCUCCAGCUCUGCCGCUGACGUCUCCGCCGCCCUCCGCGCAUUCGUAAUCCUGCGACAGCCGCGACGACUGCGACGACCACCACCUACCGCGAUAGCAUGGCGACCACGCCAGCCAGCGUCCGGGUCUCGGGCCCCCCAAACAGGAGCUUUCUCGUGGGAUAUCCGGGCAUCUCUGCGACUCUGGUACGUUGGCGGUAGCCUGCCAUACCUCCCCUCGCCGGCUCCGUCUCUGCCACGGAUAGAGGGCAAGGUUGAGAUUCGACCGGGCCAUGGCUACUCCAUGCCCGUGCCCGUGUCUUUAGUACGGAUAAGCCUCCAGAAGCGCGAAACCAUACACCCCGACGCCGACAGCCUCACCAAGCGACAUCUCGGCGCCCCCCGAAAAGAGACGACGGAUGUCGUCGGCAAGGAGGUGCUAUUAUUUAGAUGCUCGUCGGGCAAAGACGCCGAAAACGUCAUCUCCAUGGACCUACCCUUUGUCAUCUUCAUCCCCUUCGGCAGGGGCGGAGAGGAGACGAACCGAAGAAUACCGCCCGCGUCCCUGCAGCUCCCUAGUAGGAUCGCUGAGACGUACUACGAGCUCGUGGUGACAGUCCAGCAAGGCCACAGCAACCAAUACAGAUACAGCUUUCCGCUCCCUCUCCUCCGAUACGACACCUUGUCCACCUUUGGCAUGUACAACAAGCCUGAAACGAAGAUGAUUGCGAGCGACAACCUCGUCAACCUGGGCAUCAACCUACCGCGCUGGAGCUACGGCCCCAACGAUCCCAUUACCGUAUACAUCAAGAUAUCUCCCAACCCCGACUGGUGGAAAAAGGCCCAGAAGGUCACCAUAGACAAGAUCACGCUGGGCAUAGAGGAGGAAAUAACCUUCAACCCGGAGGGCGACGAACCGACCAAAAAGGUCAAUAAGCUAGCGAAGCAAGUCCAGGUUGUCAAGACAAAGUUACCGGAGGCCGGAUACGCAACCAACAUUGGCCUGGUGUUUCCCUCAAAGGAUCUGAGAGACCCCGACGGCAUCAUCAGGAGGGGCAAGCCGGCCUUUCCCCAAUACGAAGUUGUCUCAUUUACUACCUCAUCAACCCUUUAUAAGAUUGAGUUUUAUCUCAACAUCAAGGGCUGCAAGGAGGAAAUGGACGCCAUCGAAAUCGCCGCCCGAGAGGCCUCGCAUGUCGACCCGAACAAUCCCAUGCUUCCAGCCCACUCAAUCGUCCUAGCCAACGACCGAGACUCGCUACGGGCCUUGGGCCUGUGUAUGGUUGGUGGCCAGAAGAAGCCGUUUAUCGAGUGA